AUGGAAGCUGUUCAGUGGACUGCUUUGUGGAAUACAUGCAAAGAUGAGUUUCAAAACGAAAAGAAUAUGGUAUGUGGUUCUUUAGGCGACAAAGCUGCUGAGGAUCUUCAGGAGAGAAUAAUUGAGCAUAAUAUUCGGGUUGUCUCAAAGUACUAUGUACGGAUCACAGUAAAACGACUUGCAGUGCUGCUGUGUCUUACUGUUGAGGUGACUCAGCAGUCAGCAGUGUUUGAGGCUCCUGAACUCCAAUUCAGAAACUUGUCAGCUGUGAUAACAACUGCUUUUUCUCUUAAUAAGCCCAUAUAUUCAGACCUAAUAACAGAUAUAAAAUAAUUUAGUUUUUUAGUUUGAUGGAUUUCAUUAUUUUCAUGGGAGGAUAGAAAGAAUUCAAUUCCAUCCUGCCUUUUCAUUGAAAGACCAAAGUACCCUUACUAUACUUUAAAAGCUGAUAUAACAAGUCAAACCGGU